UUAAUGUGCAGUAGAUGUGGGCUCACUGGUUAGAUAUUAGUAGAAGUUUUGUACCUGUGCAUUCAGGCCCAUAUUUUAUAAGACCUCAUGUUUCUUGAAAAAAAAAAAAAAAAACAUGUCGACCUGGAUAAAGUAAGGAGACAGCAACUUAAACUAGGACAAAAAGUGUGAGGCAGAGGAUGAGAGAAAAUGUAAUGAAAGGAGAAACAGAGGCGUAACACAAUGCAGAGGUGAGAUUAUUAUGUAUACGGGCUUUCAGACGCCUGUCAAAACACAACAACAAUACAGAAAAUAUACAAAUAUAAAGUUUAACCAAAAUACGGACUUUAAAGCAACAUUUGUUAUAUUUUUGAAAUGUUGCUUAUUAAUUAUUUUUUUUUUUUUAAUAAUUAAAAAAAAAAACGUACACUUUUUCAUUUCGACUUGUUGUCUAGACAGUAUUUGUAACGCGGGAGGUGUGACAGUGGAGCUGAGGAUCCAAAUGCAGGCUUUAUUGCAAGAGUGGUCAAAACAGCAAUAAACAUGUAUAAUCCAGGGCAGACAAAAGAGUAAUCCAAUAAAGGAGCAAUGGUCAGGGCAGGCAGCAAAUGAUCACAAAACCAGAAAACAGUCCAGGGUUAAAAAACAAGACAAAGAACAAAGAAAACACAGGAACCGAAUGCUAAAGGCUAACAAUACUAGCAAUGAGUGAGUGUAAAACCAGGCUAUAAACAGGGUGAAACUGAUGAGGAAUCAAGACACAAGUGAAUGCUUUUAGAGUUGAUGAGUCCGGCAAAGGAUUAUGGGAAAUGUAGUCUGGGAUAGAGUGUCAAGAGUCAGAGGUGGAGUGCCCUCUGGUGGAGUUCAAAGGCACUCCAGCAGGAGAUCAAGACAUUAUUUCUCAUUUUCAUUUAGUUAGACAUACUACUAAAAUGACUAAAACCAAAGUAAAAAUGAUAAAAACUAUGGACAUAUAUAAAAAAGAUGACAAAAACAACUAAAUUAACAUUAAACUAAUACAGGUAUUCUUAUAACACUGGAUGCAUAAUAACACUGGAAUGAGAACUUGGAUGAAAAAUGUGCUUGAAUGUCAGAAUGCAAAGCAGAUCUAAAAAUAACUUCCAUGUUCUGCAUUAAAUUGGGGGUGAAAAUGAAGCCUGAAUGACGGGACACUGCUGGCUCGAGGGGCUCUUGUGAUCAUGUGAACAUGGGAACAAGAGACUGGCUUGCACAUCUGACAUCCCUAAAGGGACCCUGGAUGCUGCGAGACACAGACGCGCCGAGCACCAGCGCUGUUCCUCCAACCUCUGAGAGCGGAAACGCAAUGAAAACGUCAUGCAUUUUUGGAUGCUCAGCAGACGAGGGAUGAAUUUCUAGCCGGGUUGAGAUCAGGACGCGGCGUUUGGAUGCAGGAACAUGAGGAAGAGAGACAGCAGGGCACCAGCAGUGCCCAGGUGGGGGUUCUCCCAGAGGGACGGGGCAGCGCUCCGGUCGAGGACAUGCAGGCGCUGUCAAUCACGUCUCUCUCCACCUCGGAGCUGGAACAGCAGUAUGAGCUGAUCACUCCUUUAGGAAAGGGCACCUACGGCAAAGUCGACUUGGUAGUGCAUCGGACACAGGGUACUAAACUGGCUCUGAAGUACGUGAGUAAGAACAAGACAAAGUUGCGUAGUUUUCUGCGUGAGUACAGUUUGACGGCCGCGCUGGGCUGCAGCCCGUUCAUCAUCAAGGUCCUGAACACGCUGUUUGAGACGGAGGACAGCUAUGUGUUCGGACAGGAGUACGCACCUGCAGGGGAUCUGUUCGACAUCAUCCCACCUCAGGCCGGUUUGCCGGAGGAGAUGGUCAAGCGCUGCGUUCAGCAGCUGGGUUUGGCUCUGGACUUCAUGCACAGCAAGAGUCUCGUCCAUCGGGACGUGAAGCCAGAAAAUGUUCUGCUUUUCGACCGCGAGUGUCGACGCGUGAAAUUGGCAGAUUUGGGAAUGACACGGCGGGCAGGCAGCCGGAUCAAGAGGAUCAGCGGCACCAUCCCAUACACCGCCGCCGAGGUGUGCCAGGCCUCGGUAUCGGAGGGAAUCGUGGUGGCGACGACCCAGGACGUGUGGGCUUUCGGAGUUCUGCUGUUCUGCAUGCUGACUGGAAACUUUCCCUGGGAAGCUGCAUUGCCUAACGACGCAUUCUUUUCGGAAUUUCAGCGAUGGCAGCGGGGGGCGUUUCCUCCCGGCGUUGUUCCCUCACAAUGGCGACGGUUUUCAGAUGAUGCUUUGCGCAUGUUUGGCCGGCUGUUGGCGUUGGAGCCGGAGCGGCGCUGUGGGGUUAAAGAGGUCUUCUACUUCCUUAAAUACGAUCUACUCAAUCAUCACCGCCGCAGAGCUUCCUGUAGAGCGCCUAGGGGCGGUUCCACACAUUGCUCCGCCCACAGACACGCAGAGCCCUCUCCACCUUCAGGCACUUCCUGUCUACGCCCCACCCCCCUCAAACGUAGCAUCCUGUCCGAACCACAUUCUUCUAGGGAGGAGUCCUCCAAAAGCCCGUCUCCCAACCGUCAAGACAAGAGCAAAGUGAUGAUGACCACUCCCAUUGAGAUUUGUGUAUGAAGCCCAAACUAGAUAUAGCCGCAAAAAAGGUAGCAAUAUUACUUCAGAACUACACAGGAACAGUUAUGAAAGUUAAUAGAACUGCCAUAAAUGUAGGUCUAGCAAAACUAUGAAACCUGGUUGAUUUAGAGUAAAAGACAGGUCACUUUAGCACUAGAAACGAAUCUGUUUCACUAGGUAAACAUACUGAAUUCAUUAAAACUGCUUUCAUUUUAAAGGAAUAGUUCACUCCAAAAAGAAAUGGAAAUUUUGUCAUCGUUUACCUCAUGUCGUUCCAAACCCAUAGGAUUUUCUUCUUCCGUGGAUCAUGAAUAAAGAAAUACUGCACGAUGCUCCAUAAUGGAUCCUGAAAUGACAUAAAAGCACCAUAUUCUGAGUCCUCUAAAGCCAUCAUAGAUUUAUGUGAGAAAAAGUCCAAAAUUUAAGCCAUUAUUGACCAAAAAUGGCAAAAAUUGUACUUGUAGGAGUACAGCAGCUGGGUAAGUAAACUUAAAUUUAGACAGAUUUGUACCUUAUUUACCCCUAAAAGGUGCAUAUCAGUACCAUAGUGUACUAUAAUUUAUUAAUAUGCACCAAUGUAGGUAAAUUUAGUGGCAUUUAUUCACCUAAGGUACAAUUUGUGCAUUUUUUUCCUGCAUUGUGUCUGGUCAUUGACAUCAGUUCUAAUGUAUCUCCAUGUUUUCAUUUCGAAUUGAAUUAUAUUUGAGAGAUACUAUUUUUUGUGGUCUGUUUCUCACUCAAAGCUGAUCAUCAUGUGGUUUUACAAGACUUAGAAUAUAUUUUAUGAGUCGUAUAAACUACUUUUAUAGUGCUUUUUUGUCUUUCUUGAAGCAAGUGCUAUUUUAGUAUCAUUGAUAUACUAUUAUAGUUUUUUGUUGGUAUUUUGAAUAGGAUUUUAUUUUUAGAUUCUUUAUGGUUUUGAAUUGAGUUAAUAUUUUCAGUAAUUUUGCUGUGUGUGUCUAUAUUAUAUUAGUUUUUAGUUUUAGCUAUUUAAGUACUUCAACUUAAAGUAAAUGAAAAUGACUUUGACAACUAGCUGAAAUAAAAUAAGCUUAAGUUUAUAUAUAUAUUCAUUUAAGGAAUUUUUUAUGGUUUUAUUUUUAAAUGACAUGACAGAGUAAAUAAUGUAGAGUGAACUAAACCUUUAAUAUAAAGAGGCUUCUAGGGCUGCGCGAUCAAUCAAAAUAAAUUCAUAAUUGUGAUAUGGCUUAGUGCGUUAAUCAACUUUUAAAGGACACAGUUUAAAUAAAAUUAAAUAGAACCAAAAAUAAAAUACAAUUGUUAUUUUGUUUUUAAAUAAAUACUUUUAAUUAAAACGUAAAAUUAUAAAUUAUUAUUUUAAAAUAUUUUAAAUUUUACAGUGAAAUAACAUGUAAUAAUAUUAUAAAAUUUUAGUUUUUUUUUAUUUAGUAAUAAAUAUAAUCAUACCAGAAAAAUACUAAUUAUUUUCAUAUAUAUCACAAAAAUUUUAGGACGAAUUCUCUGGCCCAAUUAAAAUUUUUGACCAAAACACAAAUUUAAUCAGAAAAAAAAGAUUUUUUUUUUUUUUUUUUUUUUUUUUCCAAAUCGCACAGGCCUAGUCGAUUCCUUUUUUUUUUCAUUAGCACUUAAUUUUCCUAUAGUGCACUAUUAAGCUUAUUAAGAUAUGAAGAUAUGAAGAUUGAACGCUACCUUUUCUUGGUGGAUCAUCAUGUGACUUUCAAACCAGCCUAUGACAGAAUCAUACACGUGCACCAAUCGAAGAAUAAGAUAUACGAUUUUAUAUUGGAUUUUUUUUAAGUUUUAGGAGACGACCGGAUGUCAUGAUGACCUGGAGACUGACUGGAUGGACUUCCCAAAAGACAAAAGACAUUUUAUUCAGUCUUCAAAGCUUCCUCUCCUGAGUAACAGUCUCCGUAGAUCACUGGGACUUUAUUAUUUCUCUUUGGAUUCAAAGUGUGCAUUCAAACAGAUCUUUGAAGAGAUGCAUCAGGAGGUUUUAGAUAAACAGUGAUAUCUUAACAGCGAAAUUGAGGACAAUCUCUUGUGUUUUUCUCGUAUAAUGGGUCAAUUAGGUAAAAACAUGAGAGCAUCUGCUCUCUAGUACGUUGUGACUUGUGUUUCGUCAGGUAGUGCUAAUUCAUAGCUUCUUUUGUAUCAGAGAACAAACAAUCAAUUAACUAACCUCUACAGAAACUCUUUUUAGUCUUAGAUUAAAGUGUUUCUUUACAUAGGAUGCAUUCGAUAUUGAUUUAGGUGGUAUAGAGCAGUUCAAGUCUUAUGUUUGAGGUAUGUAUGUUGCAAAUGAGCACAAGUAAUUAUUCAAAAACAAACUCAAGUACAGAUAAAAAUAAAUACCAAUACAUUUAGCUCUUUUUCAUGUUCAUUAAUGGGUUAUUCAAAUGAUCUUGGAAAUUUGAUCUACAGUAGUUGGUUUGAUGUUAUUUAGCUGCUUUAAGGAUUGUCAUACAGUCGUAGAUUGUUCUGAAUGAUAAACAGAUUAAAUGCACAUCAAAUUGC